CUGUGAUACCUCCGACUCCUCGCAAGCUGGCCAGGAACCCCUGAGGGCCUGAGCGUCUCCACAAGAUUGCAAUUUGUAGAUCACGGCUGCCGUUAGGCGAUCCAUUUCAGACUGAGUUUCACCAGCUUCGAACUUGCCAAGACAUCCUUCGCGCACUUGAGCCGCUGCCGCAUGCCGCACAGGGCAGCUGCGUAACCCCGCCUAUCGCAUUCGGAGAGCUCGACCACCGCAGCUACCACUUUUCCAUACCAAGCUUAGAGUUGCAUGCCUACUGGUCAGUGAUUGUCUGCGGAAUCCAUGAUGGGUCGACUCCUGACGUUUGCAUGCUGUAAUCUAAACCAAUGGGUGCUUGACUGGGAGGGUAAUCGAAAGAGAAUUGUAGAGAGCAUACAGAUCGCGAAGAAGCGUGGUGCUGGAUUCCGUACCGGACCUGAACUUGAGAUUACUGGCUACGGUCUGCUAGACCACUUCCUCGAAGGCGAUACCUAUCUCCAUGCGUGGGAACAGCUGGCCAUCAUUCUUCAAGAUGAGUCAAUACACGGCAUCAUCGCCGACAUUGGCAUGCCAAUCAUGCACCGCAACAACAGGUACAACUGCCGUGUCAUCAUCCUGGAUGGCAAGAUCCUAUUCAUCCGACCCAAGCUCUACCUUGCCAACGAUGGUAACUAUCGAGAGAUGAGGCACUUCAUCCCGUGGAACCGCCCACAGCAUCACGAGGAGUACUACCUGCCGCAGUUCAUUCAGAAGAUCCAAGGCUCCACCAAGGUGCCGAUCGGAGACAUGGUGCUUUCUACUCCUGACACGUGCAUUGGCAUGGAGACUUGCGAGGAGCUUUUUACACCAUUGUCACCUCACCUGGCAAUGUCUCUGAACGGUGUGGAAGUCAUCACCAACUCCAGCGGCUCUCACCACUCUCUCAGGAAGCUGAACACUAGGAUCAGUCUGAUCCAAGAAGCCACACGAAAGUCUGGUGGUGUCUACCUCUACUCCAACCAACAAGGUAUGGACGGCGACCGUUUGUACUACGAUGGUUGUGCAAUGAUCAUCAUUAACGGCGAGAUUGUUCAGCAAACAUCGCAGUUCAGUCUCAACGAUGUCGAGGUCUGUGUUGCCACAGUCGACAUCGAGGAUGUCAGGUCCUACCGUUGUACACCUUCAAGAGGUAUCCAGGCUUUAAACGCUCCCACCUACGAGCGUGUCGAGACACCGUUCCACAUUGGCAAGAGCGUGGAUGAGUCUGACCCCGACUUGGCACCCAGCCCGACUCAAGAACUCAAGAUUCAUGCUCCUGAAGAAGAAAUCUACCUGAGUGGAUCUUGUUUCCUGUGGGACUACUUGAGACGUUCCAACCAAGCUGGCUACCUCAUCCCGCUUUCUGGUGGUAUCGACAGUUGCUCGACCGCAGUUCUAGUCUACGGCAUGUGUAAUGUCGCCUUUGAGGCCCUUCAAGCAGGUAACGCUCAAGUCAAGGCCGAUAUCCAGCGCAUCGCAGGUCCCGGCGAAGCAGAAGGCUGGUUACCAAAGUCACCUCAAGAGCUCUGUUCCAAGCUCUUCUCCUCUGUCUUCAUGGGCAUGGCCAGACAGUCCUCCAAAGAGACCCGCAGCCGCGCCGAACGCCUCUCCCGCGACAUCGGCGCCCAGCACACCGACCUGGAUAUCGACUCGAUCUUCGAAGCCUUCAAAAGCGUGCUCACACAAGCCACGGGCCACGAGCCCGCCUUCAAAGUCCACGGCGGAACCCACGCCGAAAACCUCGCCCUCCAAAACAUCCAAGCACGCUCACGCAUGGUGCUCAGCUACGUCUUCGCACAACUGCUCCCCACAGUGCGCCAGCGCCCAAACGGCGGCUCGCUCCUCGUGCUGGGCUCCGCAAAUGUCGACGAAGCGCUGCGCGGCUACUUCACCAAAUACGACUGCUCGUCCGCCGACAUCAACCCUAUUGGCGGCAUCUCCAAGACAGAUCUAAAGCGCUUCAUCGCCUGGGCCGAGACGCACUUAUCCCUUCCCAUCCUGCGGGAAUUUCUCGACGCCACGCCCACCGCGGAGCUCGAGCCGCUGACCGAGGACUACGUGCAGUCGGACGAAGUCGACAUGGGUAUGUCGUACGCGGAACUAAGCGUGUUCGGGCGUCUGCGCAAGUCGCAGAAACUCGGUCCGUAUGGCAUGUUCCAGCGUCUAGUGCACGAGUGGAAGGACAUCCAUGAGCCGCGCGUGGUGGCGGACAAGGUGAAGCGGUUCUACCACUUUUGGGCUAUUAAUCGGCACAAGAUGACUACCAUCACGCCGAGCCUGCAUAUGGAGGAUUAUUCGCCCGAGGAUAACCGGUUUGAUUUGAGGCCGUUCUGCUAUCCCAGCUUUUGGAGCAGUUGGAGUUUCAAGAAGAUCGAUGAGGCGGUCGAGAAGCUGGAAAACGGAAGGCCGACUGGGAAGGCUUGAGGAGUGACACGUGACGGAAGGGCUAGACAUGUCGUAUAUAGACGGGCAGCGGAUCAGACAUGAAGCGGUAUUGAGUUUUGCCGGGCCAAUACAAUCGCGGAGUUGAUAUGCUGUGUGACCAGUAACAGAUAUACAAAGAAGACACCAAAAAUCCAUCGCCCUAAUACAUGUCAUCUUAAGACAAUAUCCUUUCUCUGCGGCUCCAGCUUAUUCCACGCAUCCUCAUGUAUCCUUCCCACAGCAACCCGCUCAGCCACUCCCCUCUCCUCAUCCCACCGGACCAGCAUAACAUUGAGCAUACACCACUCCCCCGCCGCGAAAACCUCCUCAUCGAAAUCCACAACCUCCUCAUCCCACACAAACCGCCCCCCAUCCCAAAUCGGCGUACCAGGCGGAUGCAUAAUCGUCUUCGCCGGCCUGCGCAUGCCCUCAGCAGGCUCGACACGCUUGUUCC